UCUCUUGUAUAUUUUAAAGCUUUAUGGAACUGGGAGAAUAAUAUUUUCAUUCAAAAUUACUUCAUAUUGACUAAGCUCGGAAAACUAUUGAUUGGUUUGAAUACUAAUUUAAAUAUUUUCAACAAACCAUAUAUGUUUAAUUGUUGAUCGUACUUUUACUUCUAACGUAUCAUUGGUUGCCAUGUCAGCAGCAGGACGCUAACAUGAUGUAUUGGUAAGCUCAUCAUAUUUAUUCACUCUAAUUCUCAAAGUCUACGUGUUAAGGAAUAUAAUUGUGCAUUGAUCUAAACACAGCUUGGAUACGCUUCUACGAAAUUGUCUUUUAUAUAUAUACAUGUGAAUGUGGAUUGUAAUACCUAUUUGUUGACAUAUUUCGAAAAUGUUGAAAAGACUACAAGCUGCAGCUGCAGCAACGCAGGAAGCGGAGUUGGAGAGAAAGGCCGUAACUCCAAAUGAAAAAGUAAGGAGUCCGUCGAUAGCCGAUUCCUCAGAGCGAAAGAAAAGUAUCAUGGGUCCUCGUCAAAGCACCGCCGGACCAUCACUUAUAGGACUUAUGGCAUCACGAAGAUUUGCAAAGAAACUUUCCAUGAAAGCUCUCGGGAAUCGCAAAGCGUCAUCCAUAGCUACUGUGCCUCUACCAGAAAUGGAACCUACUUACAGAAUGGAACCAAGAGUAAAGUUCAAUAUACAGGACGUGAAGGACAUUAUAGAAAACGUUUUACACUCUAGGUUAAACGGAAUGAAAUAUAGUGCAAGGCUUACACCAAAAAUAGGCAAAUCUUUGUCAGAUGAAAUCAAAGACCGAGUCAAAGGUUUAAAUUUGGAUAGAUAUAAGAUUAUAUGUGUUCUAACCAUCGGGCAGAUGGGGAAUCAAGGUAUGAUGUUAUCUAGCAGAUGUACGUGGGACGAUAGGUUUGAUUGUUACGCAACUUCUUCAUUUCAAAACCAAGAGAUCUUCUGUUCAGCAACUGUUUAUGGAAUUUUCAGAGAAUAAGAUGGGUGCUCAGUGAAGUUAGUUUAUUAGAAGUUUCAAAAUUAUACUGAACAAUAUUUCCCGGUCGUAUUAUGAAAAAGGUCAGUCAUGACUCAUCGUUGCCUGUUAGUAACGGUGAAGUUCCAUGCAGAAGCUAGUGACAAAUAUUACACUAUUAAGUUUUUAUUUGGUUAUGUAGAAUAGAUUGUAUUUUUUAUAUUGUUUUGAAAAACCUGAUCUACUUAUAAAUAAGAUUAAGAUGGGUAUAAAUUGUCAGUUCAGUGAAGGAUUAACUCGUAAAAUCUUUCAUUUUUAUUAUCGAAACGUAUUAAUAGUUUUAUUCUGUAACAAGUACAAUAUGAUAAGGAUAGCAAGACCAGAGACGGGCUUGCAUUGGCGAUCGAUAAACUCCAAUAGUCGUAUGUAUUCCGUUAGUAGAGCGACAGUAACAUUACUCAUUAUGUAUUCUCUUAAUAUUUCAUCAAACCCCGCUUCUAGUACCUCUGUCUGUCCCUUUGUCAGCCCGUCCCAUGAAAUUCAGUCGCAUUUUCUAAGAAAUUCAACUCAGAGCUUCCGGGAGUUUGUUAUGAGGCUUCGUGUAGGUAUGCUGUAUAUAUACCGUGAAAUGUAGUUUCAGAUGAGUAUAAUUAUAUAUUCCAACAAAUAAUUACAAUAUUUGAAAAUUUCAUUGCUAUAUAAACAUGGAAAGUUCACAACGGGAAAAUUAGUCAAAAAAUGUCGUGAAACGUUCUCACGCGUUCAUCUGUGUCUUUGUGUUAAAUUCUAAUGAAUUUGUGACCUUGCGCUGAUACUUAGGAGGUACAAAAAUUGUUUAUAUGUGUGAUCAUACUGGCUGAAGGUUGAGGACUUCGUUUGCGAAUGAAUGUAUGGAACAUGAUAUACACUAGAUAUACCCAAUUUAAAUGUCGAAUUGUUAUUAUAAAUGCAUAGUCCUUGAUUCAUAUUUGCUUCUGCAAUAUUUAGAUGUGUAUACAAUAUUAGAUACCAAAUAAUGAAACUCUUCUUUAGUUGAACCUUUCUAUUGUAGAAGAUUUAUAAGUUUAUUAUUUAAUCCAAAAAUAUAAAGGAAAUAAGCUCCUUUAUAAAUAUAUAUAUCUAUAAUCUUAAUGUAGUUCAUCGUAUGUAAAUUAUUAAAUAUUUUUUUUACGA